AUGGUAUAUCGUGGAGCGUGUACAGAUCGGACUUUCAAAGACCCUUCUUGUAACGAGGAUAUUUGCGUGACAGGCUUUGAGACAACAUGGCAGUGGGCAGUUCAGUGCGAAGGAUCUUCAGAUAUACUUUGUGGAACAUAUGAGGACGCAUAUCAUGCACUCCCGACGUGUUCAGCCAGUGCAGCAACCGUCACGACUGGAUUUCAGACUACGAGGUCAACAACAACGGCUGGGCGAUACACCCCACCUCCGUCGCUUGACACGAGUCGCUUUACAGUGAUAACCAGUUCCUACACAACUAUCAUCACAGCAACAGCUCAAACGACGACACGUACAAGCACAUUCGAAAGCACAACGACUAGUGCUAUCGCACAGAGUGCGAUCCAAUCCACAGAGACGACAGGAAAAGCAUCUAGUGGAAGUGGAACUGCAGCGGGAGCAUCGUCAACAGGAACAUCACCUCCAAAAUCUAGCUCCAGCUCCUCAGCUGGAGGCGCAGUGACUUUGACCACUGGGGUUCUUGUGGCGGUCAUUGUCGGUCCAAUCCUCGCGAUUGCAAUCUGCAUAGGGAUUUUCCUAUUCAUACGCAAGAGGAGAGCAGCCAAGAAGAACGAAGCUAUCAGGCUCAACUCUGCCAACUAUCCGCAUCCGCCUCCGAAUGGACCAGUUGGAGCAGACCAAGUCUACCCAUAUGAGGUUGACGUCAAUCAAGCUUCCGGGCCGCCGCGCCAGCAGUUCAACUAUUAUGGGCCGAAGGUUGACACGCAUGAGGUAGAUGCUCAGACCACGGUGAUGAAGGAGAAGACUCCUGCUGUGAGCGGUGUUGCGGCGAUGCAGAGGCCAUACCACGAAGAUUUGAGGAGUCCUGCUCCGACAUAUACGGAGGCUUUAAUGCCAGUUGAGAUGGAUGCUACGCCAUCGGUGAGGAGUCAAACGAGACAAUAA